AUGGCAGAUGUUUCUACGCCAACAGUAAGUUUUUUGUGGGUUUUUUGUUUUUAGAUUAUAAGUGGAUAAUUAACUUAAAUUGUCUCUUAAAAAGCUGUUCAACCAUAACUUUUGGUAUUAAUAAGUAAGGGGAAAGUAAAUUUGUUGUGUAGCAAUGUUUUGCUUUUGUGAAGAGAUUUGCAACGCUUUGAAUAUCUAAUCUGAAUUUAGUCGGCGUUCCAGAUGAAGAAGGUUCAAUGGGUCGAUCGUUUGGGGUCGGAGCCGAACAUACCUGGUUCUAUUCACAUUACAUCUUCACAUACUGUCUUCAGAAGUGAUGGUGGAGGUAAAGAGAUCUGGGUAAGUAAUUAAAAACGUUAGAUUUUGUUGACAAGACUGCUUUUAAACACUAUAUCUUACAAAUUUUGUUAUAGUUUUUAAACGCGCUGAUACAAUCAAUAGAGAAGAGUCCACUGAACACGAAUGGUACUAUGAUGACGAUAAAAUGCAAAAACUUCUUGUCGUUAUCAAUAUUGAUAGGGAAAGACAGAGAUGCUCAGGAAAUUUAUGAAAGUUUGAUGGCUUCUUCUAAAUUAUGUAAGUUUUUACUAUCUUCAUUGGUUUUUAGGUAUUGAAAGAUGAAGAAUUGUGUAAAGUAUAUUGAUUUUUCUAUUAAAAAAAUUUUAGGUAACAAAAUUUUUAAAAUGUGUAUUUUAGAUAACAUAAGCGGAGCCUUUGCAUUUAUUCAUCGUGAGAAGGAAAAAGAUGCUUCUGAUGGGGACUGGAAUCGUUUGAAUUGGGAGAAAGAAUUUGAGCGACAAGAGUUGAAUGAAAAUUGGAAAUUGUCGGAUUUUAAUCGAAAUUAUGUGUAUUCUGAUACUUACCCCGAGAAGUUAUGGUUUCCAGCUAAUGCAUCAACACAAGUUCUGAUUGGAAGUGCUUCUUUCAGGUCUAGAGGGCGAUUGCCAGCUUUAACAUACUUUUAUAAGCCUACCGGGGCUGUGAUUUGUCGGUAAGAGUUACUUUAUUUGAACUUUACUAUUUGACUGUUGUUCAUAUUGUGUAUCAGUUUUGCCUAUAUGAAUAUAAUUUUUGGUCUAAUAAGAUAUUAUAGUGAAUUCCUGUUUAUAGUUGUGCUCAACCAUUGGCUGGAUUCUCAGCUCGUUGUGUAGAAGAUGAAAACUUAAUGGAGCAAAUAAGAAAUGCAAAUCCAACAUCAUCAGCUCCAGUUUAUGUGGUGGAUACAAGGCCAAGAAUUAACGCCAUGGCCAAUAAAAUGCAGGGAAAAGGUUUUGAAGAUGCACGGAACUAUCAGAAUAUGCAAUUCCACUUUUUCGACAUUGAGAACAUUCACGUGAUGCGACAGUCUCAACAAAAGUUACUGGAUUCUUGUCAGAAACAGCUUUCCGUUACAGAGUAUUUAAAGGCCAUAGAUUCAGCCGGCUGGCUAAAACAUUUGAAAGCUUUGUUUGAUUGUGGCAAAUUCAUCGCUGACAGUUUAGCUAUUGGUAAGCUUUUUCGUGUUUUUGGUUUCUAAAAUCAAUUCCUUAGGUAACAAUUUAUAUUUUUAGGUAACCCAUGUGUAGUACAUUGUUCGGACGGUUGGGACAGGACUUCACAGACUGUAUCAAUAGCUCAGAUAUUAUUGGACCCAUUUUAUCAGACAAUUAAAGGCUUUCAAACCUUGAUUGAUAAAGACUGGCUUGGGUUUGGCUUCAAAUUUGAUGACCGUUGUGGACAUAUCACUACAGGCAAUGAUGAAAGUGCCAAAGAGGUAUGGUUUGUAAAGGGUUUCUGUUUUUUGUAUGAUUUGAUUUUCUAAAUUUAUUUAGCUGAUGAAAUUAGAAAAAAAUAUUGUAGAUCUCACCGAUUUUCACCCAAUUUAUUGAUGUUAUAUACCAAAUCAUGCGUGUAGAACCAUAUGUAUUCGAAUUCAACGAACGGCUUUUGUUUGAAAUCAAUGAACAUUCCUAUUCAUGUCAAUUUGGCACGUUUUUGGGUAAUUGUGACAAGGACAGGACUGAUCUGCGUGUAUACCAACGUACGAAGUCAUUAUGGAAGUAUAUGGAAAACAACAUAAAUGCGUAUAGGAAUCCGUUUUUCAAGGUGAGAUUUGGCAAGAACUUUCUUUACAAUAACAAAAAAGAAGGAAAGAAAUAAAUUAAAGUUUUUUUUGAACCGGCUUAUUGGUCGUAUUUUUAAGCUUAUAUUGUAGGCUUAAUUUUACUUUAUUAUUUAUUUUGUAAAUUUCAGUCAGGAUCCUUGGAUAUCAAUCGCAUUGAGCUUCCACAAUCAGCGUUUGUCGUCUGGAGCGCAUUGUACAACAGGUACGAUACUGGAAUACAGCCACGAGAGUACAUAAUGGAUAUGGCAUCAUCAGUGAAGGAGCACAAUUUAUUGAUGGAACGAGUUGUAAAUGGAGAUAAUGGAGUAGGUCAUUUUAUGUUUUUAUUUGUUUUACUCGUCUUGGCAUAUAAUUUUGUUGGUAUUCAGGCCUAUUAUAUCUGUAGUCUUUUUCAAAUUUUAGGUAUAUAUUUAAAUUUCACCAAGCGAGUCUAUUAUAAAUUUUGUAACCCUAAUUUUACAUCUAUAGGCUCCCCAGAAAGUCGCUCUUCAAUGGCAGCCCCUGUUAAACUGCGAAGAGUGCGCAUCACCAAACUGCCGCAGGGAGUUUGUCUCAAGAUUCGACCGACGGCAACAUUGUGCAUCUUGCGGCUUCGUAUUCUGCUCUAGAUGCAUAAAACCAAUGCAAAAGGACAAAACCAUUAACUUGUGCGUUCGGUGUAACGCAUAA